AAAUUAUAACAAAAUCGAACUGGUUUAAUACCGGUUUAAAAGAAAUGAAAGUAAUUUAGAGAGGUUGAAACAGUGAGUCUACUUUUCAGUUUUAACAAAAAUAUUAAUAACGAACAAUUUAAUUUGAAAAUCUAUAAUCUUGUUCAAAAUUGUAAUCAUUUAUUCAAAAUUGUCCUUCAUAAUUUGUUAUUAUCAACAACUUAUCACCACUUAAAAUCAAUACAAAACUCUUAAAGAUAACUCAAUCGUGUGCCUCAUACUAUUUGUUACGCGACAUAUUUUAACAAUUUGUAAGCAUUUUUGUUGUAAUCUUUUAUUUGAAUCGAAUUAAAAUAUAACUCGUAUAAAAUGUAUUAUAAGUAGGCGUAUUGCGCAUGACUCUCCAUUUAUAUGCCGUUCUAUAAAGAUUUCGUGCUGUACAAUCGUACGUUGAUUAAAGUACGUACGAUAAUCGUACUGUUUAUUAGGGAUAGCAAUUUAACUUUCUCCCUCUCUAUCUACCUAAAUAACUACACGUAUUUACGUGUCACCACCAAUGCGAAACUCGCAUAAAUGCCUCUGCUUUUGAGUACGUAACUUGAAACGUUUAAAAGAUAAUUUUUGAUAAUCGCGGUCACAACUUAUUACGACAAAGGUCAUCUUAUUUUAAUUUUAUUGUAGCACACAUCUCAUUCAGCUUAUUAUUUUCUUAUUGCUUCAUUUAUAAGUUUAUUUAAUAAAAGGGGUAUGAGUGAAAUGAGAUAUAUAGCGACGUUGGACGUCGGAACGACCACUCUUCGUUGUCAUAUAAUAAAUUCAAAUUUGAAUGUUAUUUCAACAGCAACUACCGAAGUUACUUUAAUUUAUCCACAACCCGGGUUUGUAGAAAUAAAUCCUGAUGAACUUUGGGAGGCUGUUCAAAGAGUCAUAAAAAAAGCAAUCGGGGGUAAUUUGUUUAAUAGUUAUUAUUUAUUGAGUUAUUUAUUUGUUUGUUUAGAUGCUGGAUUACAACCAUGUGAUAUAAGUUGUUUAGCCAUUUCCACACAAAGGUCUACUUUUAUUACUUGGCAAAGAAAUAAUGGGAAACCUUUUCAUAAUUUUAUAACAUGGAAAGAUAUGAGAUCGAAAAGUUUGGUGAAAAGUUGGAAUAAUUCGUUUACUAUGAAUGUUUUUAGAAAAUUAGGGUAUCUAAUUUAUUGUUUUACGAGAAAUCGAAGAUAUCUAAUGGCAAGUGAAUUAAAUUUUUCCACAAUACAGUGUUCAUGUAGAUUAUUAUGGGUGUUGGAAAAUAUUCCCGCAGUAGCGGAAAACUUGAGACGACGAAACGUUUGUUUUGGUACCCUAGAUACUUGGCUAAUUUACAAAUUAUCGGGCUUCCGGUUAUUCGUCAGCGAUGUGGCAAACGCGAGUUCGACCGGUCUUUAUGAUCCAUUCAUCAUGGAAUGGUCAACUUGGCCUAGGGAACUCUUUGGAAUUAGUUUAGACAUUUACCCGAACGUUGUUAGUACUGAUUACGAUUUUGGUAAUACAGCUUAUGAUAUUUUUGAUGCUUCCAUUCCAUUAAAAUGUAUGACAGCUGAUCAACAAGCAAGCAUGUUUGCAUCUUGGUAUUUGAGUCAAAAUGACAUCAAAGUAACUUUAGGUACCGGAACGUUUAUCGAUUUGAAUACAAAAAAUGAAGCUCACGCUAGUGUUGGAGGAAUUUAUCCUCUCGUAGCUUGGAAAUUAGAGAAUAAAAUUACUUAUAUGGCUGAAGCGGCAUGUAACGAUACCGGAUCAUUAAUUCAAUGGUUAUUAAGUAUAGGAUUAAUAAACACACCGGAAGAAACCUCCUCUUUGGCGCAAGAGGUUGAAAACAGCGAUGGGGUGUAUUUUGUUCCAGCUUUUAGCGGAUUGGGACCACCAAUUUCGGACGAUAUGGCCGCUUCCGGUUUCUUUGGGGUUAAACCAACGAGCACUAAAGCGCACUUAGUCCGAGCUACGUUAGAAAGUAUCGUUUAUAGAAUCAUCUUGUCUUUGAACGUUUUAAAAUCGGAACGAAACGAAAGCUAUAAAAAAAUUUGUGUAGACGGUGGAGUGUCUAACAACGAUUUCGUGUGCCAAAUGUUAGCGAAUAUGUCUGGAUUAGAAGUGAUUCGUUUUCGAACGCACGAUUUGUCAGUUAUUGGCGCUACUUUAAUAGCCGGUAUUAAUGCAGGUAUUUGGAAUAAUAACGAAAAUCCAAUAAAAACAUUCAAUAAGGAAACGACGAUAUUUGAGCCAAAUAUAAAAGAAAGUCUCAGGAAAGAAUUACACGCUAAUUUAGACGAUUGGUUAAAAGUGGUGAAGAGAUUUAAAUCGUGGUAUUUGAAGUAAUGAUUAAAAUUAAUCUUUUUAAUUAUUAAUUUUUAAUAUUUUUUUUAUUCAUUAAACUUGUAAACUAAUCAAUAGACAAUUUUUAUACGCUA